CUUCUGUGUCGUCCUUUCCGGUUCCGCUCUGGCUCCCUCCUCCACGCGCCUUUCUCUCCUCUUUCUCUCUCCUCUCUCUCAAAAGAGGGGCAACGUGAUUGGAAGGUCCGCUCGAUGCGUUUGGAAGGCGCGUUCCGAUUGGUUCACGCCACCCGGCUGGGCGGGGCGUGAGAGAGGGAGAAAAAGCACGCGCCGAAUUGCGAUUGGUCAAAGGGAGUUGGUGACGUCACGGCUUUGCUGGCAAUCCUGAGAAGUAUUUUCAUCUUCAAUAUAUUAGGGUGCCUAUGGAUUAUCUUUCCAAACCCGGCCUUUUCGGCAUCAUUGCCAGCGUUGCCUGCGGGGUCUGCCUGGGCUGGGGUCUCCGGGGCCGUUUUUCCCGACCGGCCAAAGCCAGGAGGCCCACGGCUGCCGACGAAGUGGGCAGCGAAGCCAGUGUGAUGGGGGAAUCCGGAGAAUUCAAGAUGGUGGUGGUGGUGCGGAACGACCUGAAGAUGGGGAAGGGCAAAGUGGCCGCCCAGUGCUCCCACGCUGCCGUCUCGGCGUACAAACAGCUCCAGCGCCGCAGCCCCGAACUCCUGAAGCAGUGGGAGUAUUGCGGGCAGCCCAAGGUGGUCCUCAAAGCUCCCGACGAAGAAGCUCUCGUCCAGCUCCUGAGCGAAGCAAAAAGGUUGGGGCUGACGGUGAGCUUGAUCCAAGAUGCCGGGCGUACCCAGAUCGCCCCAGGCUCCCGGACUGUGCUUGGCAUCGGCCCAGGGCCGGCGGAGGUUGUGGAUCAAGUUUCGGGCCAUCUAAAACUGUACUGACUGUCUGGUGCGGACAUAAGGUGCGGAUUGUAAGACCAAUGCCUUUUUUUUUUUUACAAAGUAAACUAUUUUGCACAGAAUGGUCUCUCUUAGCCUCGCAUUUGUGGCCUGACAUACAGAGGGAGCCUAGCCCAAAAUAUGGAUUGUGAAAUAUAAUCACAUUUUUCUUUCAGCAAGACGGUAAAAUAUGGGAAUCUUGUGAGAAUGUUGGGAAGGUGAACACGAAGACCCUGAAAGCUGGUCUUGGGGAUCCCCUUCUCUUAGAUGCACUUAUAAUGAUGGAAGUUUGAGUGCCAAUAAAACAUUUGCAAACUGUUCAGUGCCCCAAA